AGGCAAGCACCUGAACCUGAGGUCCUGCAUGGGCCCUGCCAAACGCUGCUGUCUCCAGGCCACCAGUGACAGCUCAUCUGGGUUUCAUCCGCUCUCCCGGGGCUGCAUUUCAUCAGGCCGCUUUGCCAGGGCCUCCCCAGCAGCGUCAACAAGUGUCGCACCUACUGCAGAAACAGCCCUCGAGUUUCAUCACAGUGAUGCUAAAAAAUAUUCUCCAGCUUCAGCAAUGAUCUAGUUCAUUCAAGGGCAGGGAAAAAAAAUGCUCUGCUUCCAGAACUUCCCUGGGCACGGAAUUUUCCCUCUUAGGAAGAUAGGAGCUUUUCUGGAAACAGACCCAACUGCGCUUUGAAAAACUUUGGAAAAGACCCUGAACCCUGUAACUCCUCUGAAUCCCCAAUCCCAGGAACAGGGACACCCAAUCAAUGCCUCACACACAGCCUGGGGAGCCCACAGCUGAGCCGGCCCUCUUAUCGCGUCUCUUGGACAAAAAGUAUUGAAAAGUUCAUGUGGCACGGAAAGAUGACAGACUCAGGAGGGCCCCAGAGGCGCACACUUUGAUUUUUAUCUACUUUGCUUUCCCAGAAAGUUCCUGAGAAGUCAGACGCUGUGCUUCGUUGCAUAAUAUCGGGUCAGCCCAAGCCAGAGAUAACUUCGUAUAAGAAUGGUCAAACCAUAGAUGAGUGUGGCAUUGUCUCCAGUUGUGAAUUCUUUGAGAAUCAAUAUAUUCAUCUAUUACAUCUCUAUUGCCGUACCCAAAAUGACGCUGCUAUUUAUCAAAUCUCUGCUAAAAACUGUUUGGGGAUGAUCUGCUGCUCUGCAGUGAAGAUCCAUUGAAGUGGAUCUUCAAUCCACGGAAGCGGAGUGUCCGUCAGAGAAUCAACAGCUCUCUCUUAACCCGAAAGAUGACAGGAACACAGUUUGCAAACAUGAGACCUAUGAGCAGGAAAGCACACAUCAAAUUGAUGAGAAGGAGCAUCCUAUAAGGAAGAAGAAAGUAUUGCCUCGGGUCCUCCCGCAUCAGCUGACUCCCCCUCCUCCAAAUUCAGUGGUGUGUGUUCACUCCAGCUGUUGGCUGAUAAUGACCUUGGUACAUCCAGUUCUGAAAAUCCCUUGGAUGUUAAAGACAUGAGGCAAACUGAAGAGGCUCGUGAUCCCGAUAACACAGAGGACGUUGCAGAGGGGUUGCUUUGUUCUAAUUCAAGUAAUAUUCCCUAUAAACAAGAUGUGUGUGGCCACAGGACAGUGCAUUCCAAACUGUCAAGGUUAAUGGAUGGUGCCUUAGACACUAAUGGCCCUAAUGAAGAAGUCUUCAACUCUAGUCAUCAAAAUCCCACAGUACAGAAAUACAUCAGCUUUAGCCUACCGCUGAUGGAGGCAGCCUCAUCCACUUCCCCAGGUGACAGGGCCACGAGCAACAAGCCUGUCAGCUGCCCGGCUUCCAGCACAGACUUUGACAGUGAUUAUGAGCUCUGCUCAGAGAUAACCCUAACCUACGCCGAGGAGUUUUCAGACAAUGACCUGGAGUAUCUGGAAUGUUCCGACGUCAUGACAGAUCACUCUAAUGCAAUUUGGCAAAGGGACCUGCAGGGGACUGAGCGUGUUUUUUUAUUAGAAAGCGAUGAUGAAGAGAUGGAAUUCAGUGAGUGUUGCCUGGGUGGAUGUGAGCAUUUCCUCAGUGAAAUGGGCUGUGAGCCCCUGGUGUCGGAUGACACCGGGCCUAUGGAUGCCACCGCUGGCCUCUGUGGUUAUCACUCACCAUCCCAAGAAGUGGAGGUACAGAGCAGCCUAGCCUCCAUGCACAGUGCCUCAUCCCCGCAGACAGGGAUGACCCUGCCUGUGGGACCUCACCAGGAUGGAACGUCUAUGGUGACAGACCAGGGGAGAUGUAAACCACCCACUGCUCCUGAAGCUACUGAAGAUGGCUAUCCAGGAAUUCAAGGGGAAACCAGAGACGGCCACCAGGCAAGAAAGGAAUUUGCCAGUGACAAUCUGCUAAACAUGGAUAAAGCAGUAACAGAGAGAGAGAGGAAGCACUUAUCUGGUGAGUUAGGAAAAUCAGGGAUGAACCAGUGUUUGGAGACUGUGGCUGAGAAAAGAGUAGGGGGAAAAGACUUAUUGAGCCGGACGGGCUCAGAGAAACCUGCCAGGACGAGGCGACCGGGGAUUAAGGGAAAAGCCAAGAAGCUGAACCCCAACCUGGAAGAAAGGGCAACAGAAGCCUCCCUGAAUCGCCUGUAUCCCAGAGGACCUGUUAAGCACCCAUUAACCCCAAGUGACAAAAGAGAGAGUUCCCAUGCCAAAGCAGAAGCGACUGGUUUGAAUUCCCAGUUCCAUGCAGGAGGCUGUGCUAUUCCAACCCAAGCAGAGCAAGAAGCAAAAAUCCUGCAGACUCCACCAAGCUCACUCUCCAAAGAAGGGAACUUGGACUUGCAGGGAAAAGGAGUGUGGGUUAAAAACGUACUUGAAACAAGCAGGAUUCCAGACUGGAGUGAUCAUCCUCAGGUGCAAAUUCAGGAAACAGUCAGGGAGCAAAUCUCUCUCAGCCAAAUGCCAGCUUUCUCAGAGCCUACUGGGGAGGAGUCUGCAUUUACUAUGACCACAAUAGAUUCCUUCUCCAAUUUAGGAGGGAUCGACACGAAAAAUGCAUCAUUGGCCCAACACCUGGAGGUAGAAAGGUGUACCCAAGGCCCACGGCACGAAGAAAACCAAGAUGGAGAAGACAGCACACCUGGAUGUCCCUGGGGAGACCUAGGGUGUGAGCUGAGCAUCCCAGAAGCCAAUAGUGAAAAUAUGCCCCGCUGUGAGCCGUCGGCGCGUCUCCCCCAGGAGAACAACGCUGACCCCGGGGAGCCCCGGGCUCCCUCUCUUGCUUCCCCUGAAUUUGUACAUACCGUCCCCACCUUGGAAACUGCGUGUGCUGGGCCAAGAGACAGAGUAACAGCGUGUGUGCUAGGCCGUCCUGAAGCAGGUGACCAAGAAGCGUGUGAUACUGUGAGCUCUCCUGUUGGAGCCCCAGCUGGUAAAUAUUUGCCUCAAGAAAUUUGCUCCGUGGACUUCGAGCUGGCAGGUCAAAGCAAAGCAUCUGAUCUGUGUUCUUCUGAUGACAAGGCACUGGAUAUUCUUUCUCAGACACAAGGUUCUGAGCCUCCACAGUCUAUAUACGGAAGCAGCAAUGAGAGAACCUCUGCAGUGUUCCCUCUUUUUAUCAGUGCUCUCAUCUGGAACAUUUCACAGAAAGCCAGUAAAGGUGCCACUGGGGAAAAUCUCUCCAAGGUGGAGGGUUCCACCUCCAUGUUGGCCUCCAUGGUAAAGGCUGGUCAGGGGGCGCUGAGCCCCAGUCACUCAGGUGGGCUCGAGGGAAGACAGCCUCUGUCUUCUGAGAAUGACUCUUUGGAAUGGUCUAAAGAAGGUGGUGAUGAGAGCUCUAGCUCCAGUGCCCCGGUCACUGCAGACACACCAGCCAGUCAUAGUUCAACAGCGAAGUUUCCUCAGGAGAAGCCAACAACAUUAAUUGCUAAUCUUGAGUGUUUUGAGGUGACUGGGGAGAGUGGGGACACAUCCACUGGUACCAUUGCCACCAAAGGCCACCCACCCAAAUACCUCCCUGUUUCAGUUGCUGGGAACAGCCAUAUAGGUGGCCCUGACGAGAGCUCACCUCGGGCACCAGAUGACAAUUUUUCUCAACUUCCUUCCAACACACAGUUGGGUCAUAUUUUAAAUGGUUCUACAACUGCAUCUUCAAAAGGGCUAGCGUGCGUGGCUCCCAGUGGACCAGGAAUCCACGUCCACGUUCCUCAGCUCCCAGAGGGAGAGGAUUUCUGUAGCAAUUCCCCUCUUCAGAUUGAUAACCAGUCUGGAAAGAAGAGCCAGACCACGGGCAGAGUAGACAUCAGGAGCCUUGAAGAGAAUUUCCAAGAAAAAGGAAGUGAGACAACACAGAGGGUCCAGCAGGGUUCUCUUGACGAUAAUUUCCAAGAAAGCUUGCCCAUGACGUCUGCUGUACCAGGGGAAAUAAACCUGGUACUCUUGGACCACUCAUCGGCCAACUCCAGGGAGGGAAGGGAACAGAGCUCGGGCUUGGGGACUCAUGUGCCCAUGGUGGCUGAAUCUAUAACGGAAGAUGAUAGCCAGGCUCUGAGUAAUGUUCCGUCUCCCUCUAAUACCCUUCUGGGGGAGCCUAAAGAGAGCGGUCCAGGAUAUUGGGAAGCAGGUAAACAGGUGAAGAUUAUCACUCUAGAGGCUUCCAUUUCAGAAACCUGGCCACCAAGACAACUGACAGAUUCUAAGUGCAAGGAGUCAGAACCUGGUCUCAUCCCUGGUAGGGUCCGGGCUGUAUCUGACCUUCUAAAGACUGAUGCUGCCGGGCCUGAACUGGACCCCUCUGAGACAGCAUCAGCCUGUAGUCCUCAGGCUGAGUCCAGCUCAGCAAUUGCUAAUAACAGAGAAAUCCAUAAAGGUGAAGACCUAGCUGGCCAUGCAAACUGGAGUUGUCUUUCCUCCCAGUGUUUGAGCCAACCCAGACUCCUGGAGUCCUCCGUGGACCCUGUAGAUGAAAAAGAAUUAUGUGUCACAGACUUGCUAUCAGAGGCUUCCAGAACUGGAAGGAAGGAAAACGUUAAGAGUGUAAGUCAAAACCAAGAGGAAAGCCAACUCAAGAUGGAUCGCCCUUCCUUCUUUAAACAGUUCCUGACCUGCCCUAAAAUCUUAGAGUCCUCUGUAGAUCCCACUGAUGAAACAAGUGUGGAGUGGGCCAGGGUGGAAACACCAGAGCCUUCUGAAUCCACACUGGGGGCCAUCAGAGUGGAGAGUAAAUUGAAUGAUGGAAACUUGGGCCAGAGAGUAGAAGUCCAACCAUCCAUCUUGCAAGUUCCGUGCCCCCAGCAAAGUGGGGAAGCCAUUCCAAGAGAAAACACCAUCAGCCGAGACCAAGGGCACAGUGGGGGAGAGGGGGCGAGACAAAGACAACAUGACGGAGCAAAGGGGGACGUACAGUCUGCCAUUUUGCCUGUCCCGGGUCCUGUCAAAGGUGGGGAAACGACCCCAACGGGACGCGGCAGAAGCCAAAUACAAGAAGGCAGUGAGAGGCGCUUAGCGGAGUCUGAACAAAGUAAAAAUAACAAAGCAGAAUUAGUUUCUCCCACUUUACCUCUUUCUAGCGGUCUUGCAAGAAUGACUCCCGCCUCUGGAGUUGAUACUCACGGCUCCACAAGUAAAAGUCAUGAGCUCCCUGAGAAUGAUUUAGUGGAGCCCAGGAACCAUCAAUGUGCGUUUUCUGACUUAAAGGAAAGGGGAGCUAUUGAGAGCGAGUGUGGGAAACAUGUGCCCCCUUCUAGUGGUCUCACUUGGGGGCUUUUUACUUCAUCUCUUGAUGGAAGCAUCACAGGCUUUUCAAGAAGCCACAGAAUUGAGGAACAUAAAAUAGAGGAGCCCCCAGUUGGGGAAACCAAACCCACAAGCACAUCUGGCUCCCCAGCAGCAACACUCAUGUCCAGAGAAUGUGCAUCAGAGAAAGUUCCUAAGAUGCUGCAGGACCCCUGCCAGCAGGGCUCCACCCUUGGCCGUGGGAAAAUGUCAUGGGAGGAGAAGGUCCUCCCUGUGGUGGCCCAAGCUGGCUGCCUCCCCAGGGCCCCUCCAGCAGUGACUGGGUCAGAGGAGGUCAAGGGGAAGCAAGAAACCCCAGAGAGUGGACAUGUAGCUGAGGGAGUAAAGAAGAAAAUUCUGUCCAGGGUGGCCACCCUGAGGCUGAGACUGGAAGAGAAAGAAAACGCCAGAAAGAACUCGAUCUUUCUUAAAAAGAGUCCUGAACUCGAAACAUCGGUAUCACGCACAGAUGAGAAAAAAGACUCCAAAAGACCACCUUGCAAAAGCGAAGGGACAGCUCCAGUAUUACUGAAAAAGAUCCAGGCUGAGAUGUUCCCCGACCACUCUGGAAAUGUAAAAUUAAGCUGCCAGUUUGCAGAGAUUCAUGAAGAUUCUACUAUCUGGUGGAUGAAAGAUUCAAAGUCGAUAGCCCAAGUGCAGAGAAGAGCAGGAGACAGCUCCACUGUGUCCUUGGCCAUCCUUCAAGCCAGUCAGAAGGACCAGGGCCUCUAUUCCUGCUGCAUCAAGAACGGUUACGGGAAAGUGACUACGGAAUUUCACCUCACCACAGAAGUUCUCAAACAACUUUCAAGUCACCCAGAUGUUAAAGUAUACGAAGAGAUUGAAUUCAGCCAACUCAUCUUCGGAGGAGACUUCCUCAGCGACAGCUACUUCGGGGGCCGUCUGCGCGGUCAGAUCGCCACGGAGGAGUUGCACUUUGGGGAAGGGGUCCACCGGAAAGCCUUCCGCAGCAAAGUGAUGCAGGGCCUCACACCAGUCUUCAAGCCCGGCCACACCUGUGUGCUCAAGGUGCACAACGCCGUUGCCUACGGGACCAGAAACAAUGAUGAGCUCAUUCAGAGGAACUACAAACUCGCUGCCCAGGAGUGCUACGUUCAAAAUACCGCCAGAUACUAUGCCAAGAUCUAUGCCGCUGAAGCACAGCCUCUGGAAGGCUUUGGAGAAGUGCCAGAGAUCAUUCCUAUUUUCCUUAUCCAUCGACCUGAGAACAAUAUCCCAUACGCAACAGUGGAGGAAGAGCUGAUUGGAGAAUUUGUGAAGUAUUCCAUCAGGGAUGGGAAGGAGAUAAACUUCUUGAGAAGAGAAUCGGAGGCUGGUCAGAAAUGUUGCACCUUCCAGCACUGGGUCUACCAGAAAACAAGUGGCUGCCUCCUGGUCACAGACAUGCAGGGUGUAGGAAUGAAGUUGACUGACGUUGGCAUAGCAACAUUGGCUAAAGGGUACAAAGGAUUUAAAGGCAACUGUUCCAUGACCUUCAUUGAUCAGUUUAAAGCGCUACACCAGUGUAACAAGUAUUGUAAAAUGCUGGGGCUGAAGUCGCUUCAAAACAGCAGCCAGAAACAGAAGAAGCCAAGCAUUGGGAAAAGCAGAAUUCAGCCAAACUGCACAACCGUGAAGAAGACGGCAUCUGGGACCCCAGCAGGAAAGAAAACCUAACAUCUCCUGUUAACUAACGGUCACCGGCUGGCAGCACACAGCCUUGUGGGUAGAAAUUUGAAAACACCCUGGAGGGAACACAUAGCCUGCAGAGAGCUGACAAUCCUUAUUCCCAGCUGCCUGUAUUCCGAGCUGCUUCCAAAGCUGUCACCUGCUGUCUUCACUGAGAUGAUUUCGGAGCAGGAUUUGUGAGCAGGCUUAUGGAGAGACUGAAUCCAUUGUCAGUCUCAAAGAAGUCCAUCUUUAUCUGUACCGUUAGCCUUUGUACCAACCUCACAUUAUGCGUCUGUUUGUGUAUUUGCACGUGGCUGUCUCGUUACGGACUUGGUCCUGAGCAGGUUCUGUCCACAGCCCCAAUCUUCCCUACCGCCAUUCCUAACCUCAGAAUUUCUGGACAUCCAGCUACUAUAUCAACAGAAAACGUGAAUUCCGUCAUUGGGUCUAUCUGUCGCACUAGAGUCGAUUAUGCUAUUGUAGCUGGAGGGGGGCUUCCGAAACGUCAGGCCACUUCCCAUCAUUACUCACAUAUCUGGUUAGAAUGUUCUGUUUAAUUAAAUUCAUCUUUAGACAAAAAGUGUAAGAUGCAUGUAUUAGCACAGACACUUUUCUUUAGAAUUUGUGCCCUAUUUCACAUUCCUCCAGGAUUAGUAAUUUCCUAAUACGUCUCCCGGAGCACAGAAUAUUUGCAUCUGUGUUUUCCCCCAUUCUUAAAAGCACUACUUCCAGUGUGAUCCACUUCCUACUUUGCUCUCUAAAUCCAAGCUCCCUAAACCUAGGGCUGCCCCAUGUAGGAUUACUCUGGAAGAUGCGUACAAAUCCUGGCUGGGACACACAAGCUCACAGGGUCCUGGUCCCAUCCACCCAUUCCAAAGGGGUCUCCUUCCUAGCAGUCUGGGUCCUGCCCAGCUGUGGAGCAGAAUGGCCACAGCAGUUCACAUUGGGCAAGAGGAAACGCUGUAAGGACAGCUCAGCGACUGUUUCACGCACCCCAAACUAAAAGAACAUCUCAAGCCCCAACAGUGUGUUGUUGUUAUUGUCUAAGUAAUAGAUUAUUUUUUAGAGCAGUUUUACGUGUACCAAAAAAUGAGUGGCAAGUACAAAGAGUUCCCAUAUGGCCCCUUACCGCCAUUCCAUAUGUCCCCCUAUUAUUCGCAUCUUACGUUAGUGUGAUACAUUUCUUAUCACUGAGGAGCCAGUAUUGACACAUUACGAUUCAUUAAAGUCCACAGUUUCCAUUUCAGUCCACUCUUUGCGCUCACACUCCCUGGGUUUUGGCACACAUACAAUGACGUGUCCACCAUCACAGCAUCACCCACGGUCAUUUUGCUGCCCUAAAAAUCCCCUGUGCUCCACCGAUUUCUCCCUCCUUCCCUGCAGACCCAACUCCUGGUAGCCACCGGUUGUUUUACUGCCUCCAUAGUUUUGCUUUUUUCCAGAAGGGCACAAAGGAGGAAACCUACAGGAUGUAGCCUUUUCAGAAAGCUGCUGUCUUUAAAGAUGCUUCCACUACUCCCUGGCCAGGGAGGGCUACUAGGCCUCCUCUGAGGGGCCCUCAGACUGAAAGUGGACACGGACCUCCUGGGAUCUUGUGAAAAUGCAGGCUCUGAUUCGGUGGGUCGGGGGUGGGGCCUGAGACUCUGCAUUUCCAUCACGCUCCCAGGGGAUCUGCGUGCUGGCCUGGGACCACACUUAGGAGGGGUGUCUAGAUCACAGGGAGAAAGAGCCUGAAAUGUUGAGGGGAGUGACUAGGCCUGGAGUUCAAACAGCAGUCGGCUGGAGGAGGCAUCCAGCUGGGAGGGAGCAACUUGGAGACAAAGAAACAGGGCAGCAGCGCUCACGGUACGGGGUGGUCACCGUGUGCAGUCCCUCCGAGGCAGCGGGCUUCCGCAGGAGACUUCUGGCUGCUUCCGCUUGAGAAUACUGCUCUCCGCGGGCGUGGGGUUUAGAUAAAGAAGAGGACAUGAUGUGAUGUUUGUCUUGAAAAGAGAUUUGAAGGAGAAAACUCUUCAGCUACUCACAGCUCAUCUUUUCAGAAAAUCUGUCAUCUCCAGCUUUUCUUCUGAAAUGACUCCCCCAGCUACAGAUGACAGAAUGCUCGUUUUUUCUAUGAGGCAGCCUGUAGCCUGCUUUCCCUGCAGAGAUCCUGCAGAUGUAUUUGGCAGUGGAGCUCUAGAAAGUUCCGUAAGAACAAAGCGCAGGACACAUUUUGAUUGGAAUUAGUGUAUAUACAUCAGUGUGGGUGGGACCAAAGACCCUCUCUUUGGUAAUAAUUUGUAAUUAUAAAAAUAUUAACACGGGCUUCUCUGGUUGCAC